CAGCGAUCUUGCUGCAUGCUUUCUGCUUGCAAAGCAUGAUCUCGAAUGGUAGCAAUUUAGAGGUGUCUGACAACUCUGGUGCGAAGAUAGCUCAGUGCAUUCAGCAGAGCGGCCAGUCCUGGGGGAUUGGCGACACCAUCACUGUCGCAAUAAAGAAGGCAGCCACCAAAGGCAAGGUAGCAGCGGGCAGUGUGCAGAGAGCUGUCAUCACAGAGACCAAGAAGCAGCUGCAGCGGAAGGACGGGAGCGUGAUCAAGUUCCACAAGAACGCCUGCGUGCUGGUGGACAGAAAGACAGGGCAGCCGCUCGGCACUCGCGUGCUGGGGUUUGCAACACACGAGCUGCGCGCGCGCCAGAUGCUCAAGAUCCUCUCGCUGGCAUCCAGAGUGCUUUGACCCAAAGCGUUGGCAGCGCAGCUGCUCAGUAGGUGUAGACAGCUCAG